AUGAUAUUUAAAAUAUUAAAAAGAAAUAUAGUUAGUGUUUUAAUUAUAUUUUCAUUGUUGUUACAAGUAUUUGUUAUAUUUAAAUAUUCAUCUAUAUCAUUUUCAUCGUCUGCUGAUGGACGUAAUCAUCAUAAUGGACAACACCCAAAGGUUGUAACGAUGGGUAAUGAUUGGGAGGUUACUCAGAUGGAUCAGGUAGCAGGGUUACACCCCGAAUCGAUUCUAAAGAGUAGAAAGGAGUUUUUUGGAUACAGUAAAGUGUCGCUGCCAGAUGCCAAUCUACCACCGUUGUGUCGUCAACCACCCAACAUUCAAGAAUGUGAAGGCAAGCAUCACUACACACCCGUCGUCACACCGUCACCUGUGCUAGAUCCCGAAAAGAUGAAUUAUACGCUUUUGCCAAGCUCACCUCUACGUGCAGUCUAUGGAUAUAGACCCGAUCCCAAUGACGACGAAGAACCACUCGUCUCUAUUCUCACGGCCUUUUACAAUAUCGGGCCAAUCAUUCACGAGACUGCCAAGUGUGUCUUGUCACAGUCGCUUCAACGAUUCCAAUGGAUCAUCAUCAACGAUGGGUCCCCCAACAAAACUCUUGUCCAUGAAUCACUCGAUCGGUACAGAGAGAUGGCUCAAAACGACUCUCGUAUCCUCGUCGUCGAUCUAGUUCAAAAUGCCGGUCUCCCAGGUGCUCGUAACGAAGGUCUUCGCUUUGCCAAAGGUAAAUACGUACUGUCACUCGAUCCCGAUGAUAUGAUCGAGUCAACAUACCUUGAAAAGGCUGUAUGGUUCUUGGAAACAAAUCCUCAAUACACUCUUAUGAAUGCAUGGUCUGUUGGGUUUGGCCAUAAAGAAUAUAUGUGGACAAAGGGUUUUCAACAUGGUGAUAUUAAUUUAAAAGAAAAUUAUAUUACUGUUGCUACUGUUAUGAAAACAAAAGUAUUAAAAGAAAUUGGAGGAUUUGAUUCAAAUUUAAGAACGGGUAUGGAAGAUUGGGAUUUAUGGAUGAGAAUGGCAAAUAAUGGACAUUGGGGAAAGACAAUGGAGGAGUUUCAUUUUUGGUAUAGAGUCAGUCCCCCAGGUAAAUGGGCAUCGAUUUACAAUGAAACAAAGUUUAAUGAAUUCCAUUCAAAUCAAAAGAAAAAGUAUGCAACUGCAUUUAGUCAAGGUGUACCAAAACUAAAAGUUGAACCACAGGAUAAAAUGGAGUCUGUCGUUGACGUUAUACCAUUCCGUAACAAAUUGACAAAAUGUAGACGUCGUAUUCUAUUGAUCAUACCAUAUAUGGAGGUUGGUGGUGCCGAUCAAUUUAAUUAUAAUAUGGCUCAAGGUUUGGCAUUGGAUGGUUGGGAGGUAUCGAUUGCAGCCAACAAGGAAGCUGCCAACAAAUGGUUACCUGAAUUUACACGUGUCACUCCAGAUAUCUUUAUCAUGCCUCGUUUUAUUCGUACGACUGAUCAAACAAGAUUCCUUACCUAUCUCAUCAAAUCUCGUGAUUUCGAUGUAGUUUUUCUUUCCAAUUCAGAGGGUGCCUAUCAUUAUCUGUCAUAUCUACGUGCAAAUGCUCCUGGUCCUGCCUAUGUCGACUAUACUCACUCUGAGACACCCAAGUGGAAGAAUGGAGGGUAUGCAAGAUACAGUGCUGGUUCGGAACCAAUGUUGGAUCGUUCCAUCUACGCCAGUGAGAACCUACGUCAGUCGUGUAUUUCAAUUGGACACAACCACAACAAGACAGCAACCGUAUUGAUUGGUAUCGACUCUGAAAAGUACAUUCCACAUCCAGAAAACAAGGCAGCGGUCAGAAAGGAGUUUGGAUUCCCCGAUGACGUACUUUUGAUCGUCUAUGUAUCACGUUUGGAGCACGAGAAACAACCAGAAGUGUUUGCAGAGGUGUUGCGUAGACUCGAUGCUGAAGGACACGAUUUCCGUGCCAUAUCAAUUGGUGGCGGACAAUUGUUUGAUCAACUCAACGACACUCUACAUCAAAACAAUCUACAAGACAAGGUUAGGUUAUUGGGAACUAUUACAAACAAUCGUGUAUCCUAUUAUGUAUCUGGAUCCGAUCUAUUCUUCCUGCCAAGUAAAAUCGAAGGUAUUUCAUUGGCCAUUUAUGAAGCCAUGUCACAAGGAGUGAUGGCUGUAUCGGCCAAAGUUGGUGGACAAGCAGAACUGGUGACACCCGAUGUAGGAUACCUUGUCAAGCCAGGAACACCAACUGAAGUCGAUGAAUACACUGCCAUCUUGACUGAAUUGGCAGACAAUAGAGAAAAGGUACUUGAAAUGGGUCGAUUGUCACGUGCCAAGAUUCUCAAUGGUUUCAGUGUACACGAUACCAUUCUCAAGUUGGAAAAAGAGUUUUGUUACGCUUCUAUUGCCAGUCGAUUCACUACACCACUUUACAACAACACGUUGAUAUCAAGAUUGGCCAAUGAAGUAUCUGUACUGGGAUACGAGUAUGAAAGAGAGAUUGAAGCUGGUUUGCCAGUAUGGAACGAGUUACAAGCGACAAUCAAACGAUGCACACCACCUCCUCCACCAAAGAUGGAAAGUGUCAAGCGUAUCUCACCCUAUCCCGACCAUACUCCAGAUGAUGUUCUCUUUGGUAUGCAACUUACCAAGCUUCGUCCAGUCUAUGACAUUUUCGAAGAGAAAAAGGUUGAUAGAAAGUUAAAGAUUGUUCUCAAGGAUUUCCAAGAGCAACAUGUACGUCGUAACCCUCGGUUUGCCGAUGACAAGUUUAACCACAAUGACUUUCUCCAUCCACUCAAUCACGAAGUUGAUAAUUGGGACGAUGACAUACCCUACCCAUUCACACAACAAGAGUAUCUAGUCUAUUUGGACAAUGUAUUUAUUGGUAGUGGUGAGUCUGGUACUAUAUUUGAUUAUGAACGUGUGUUUACAUUACGUAAUAGAAACAAUCAAAUAUUUACUCUCCCCUCUGAAGAGUACAAGAGUUGUGAGAUACACAGCUACAAAUCAGUCAUUCAUCUUUUACAGAGAUAUUUCUCGUUUGGUAACUUUAUUUUUGACCAAUUGCCAAAGCUUCAUUUGGCAUGGGACGAACUCAAUGAAAACAACUAUACUCGUGUUAUGGUUCCAAACACCCCUUUUGCUCGUGCAACCAUGGAACAAUUACUCAGACUCCCCUCUGAAAAGAUCAUCUAUUAUAAUCCAGGUGAAGGAUGGAAUCCAUGUAAAAUCUAUUUUGUCGAACAACUAUUACUACCAACUCCCAUUCCACCAGGACACCCACCCAAAGAGAUGAUCCAAGGUCUUCGUAAUAUCAUCUACCGAGUCAAUGAUAUUCCACAAGAUAGAGUAGAUCCUGAUCGAAAGUUCCUUCUCUAUUGUAGUCGUAUCAACUCUGCCAACAAUCAACGUCGUGUAGAAAAUGAAUAUGAUGUUUUGGAUACAAUCAAAAACACACUUCCAGACUAUGAAAUACUCUUUUGGGAUGGACAAGAAACACUCAACCAAACAAUGGCACAUUGGGCAUCCAUCUCAUCGGUCAUUGUCGGUAUGACUGGUAGCAAUUUAGCACCCAUUCUAGCAGCACGUCCCAACACAAAGGUAAUUGAAUUUAUGCACGAGAAUCCAUGGCUCUCUUACUGGGCUGCCUCUGAAUCACUUGGACUUGAACAUUGGAUGUUACCAGUCAAAGGUUUCACUCAUGAAUCUCCUACCGUCACCAUUCAAUUGGAUGAUUUAUCAAAAUUAUUAAAGAAAUCGAUAGCAGAAAAUUAA